ACCUAAAUUAACGCUAGUCAAAAACCGCAACAAUGGAGACUCCGCCACUGCUACCACCUCCGCCACCGCCACCUCCGCUCCAAUAAAUAUCCCACACAUACAGGCACAGCAGAGAGGGAAUAACACAAUCAAGCCUAGAGAGAGAGAGAGAGAGAGAGAGAGAGCCUCCUGCAAUGUCGAUGGCCAACACAAUCGGGCUCAUUUCAUCACCGUCGCCGCCGUCAUUCUCCUUCCACCACCGCACCAAUCCCAAUCCUCUCUCACUACCUACUCCUUCCCUCUCCUUGAGCUCGAAAAAUCCGAGAUCGCUCUCUCUCAUCCUGUUUCCUCAAAAGCAUUCACUGUUCCGAAAUGCCGCCGCAACCAACAGUGAGAUCAAUGUCAAAUUGGUCACCGGAGGCGACGGCGGAGACGACGGAGGCAGGCUCGGAGGCGGCGGCGGCGGCGGAGGGGGAGAUGACAAUGACGGCGGCGAAGGCGAUAGCAACAAGAGGAGGAACAGGAAGGAGGCGCUGAUGGCGCUGGCUGAGGCCGGGAGGAGCCUCGAGAGCUUGCCGCUCGACAUGAAAGCUGCGGUGGAGGACGGCAGGAUACCUGGAUCGAUUAUUGUGAGGUAUUUCGAUCUCGAAUGCAAUGGAUUUCUGUCGUGGUUGAUGAAGUUCGGUGGAUUCAAGGAGAGGUUGUUGGCUGACGAUCUCUUCUUGGCUAAAGUUGGCAUUGAAUGUGGCGUUGGAUUAUUCACCAAGACUGCUGCAGAAUACCAGCGUCGCAAGGAGAACUUCUUCAAUGAGCUGGAAGUUGUAUUUGCUGAUGUGGUGAUGGCUAUAAUAGCAGAUUUUAUGCUCGUCUAUCUUCCAGCUCCUACUGUUUCUCUGAGUCCUCCUCUUGCUCAGAAUGCUGGACGCAUUGCUAAGUUCUUUUACAGCUGCCCAGCCAAUGCUUUUCAGAUUGCUUUGCCGGGAUCCUCAUUCUCAUUGUUGCAGAGAGUGGGUGGCGUUGUGCGGAAUGGUGCAAAGCUGUUUGCUGUUGGCACUACUUCAUCUCUGGUUGGUACAGUUGUGACAAAUGCAUUAAUAAAUGCUCGUAAAGCUGUCAAGGACUCGGAUCAACAUGGUGUGGAGAACGUUCCAGUCAUUAAAACAAGUGUAGCAUAUGGUGUUUACAUGUCUAUAUCAAGCAAUCUUCGAUACCAGGUUCUGGCUGGUGUUAUCGAGCAACGCUGUCUAGAACCAUUGCUUCACCAGCACAAGUUGGUCUUGAGCGCAAUUUGCUUCGCUGUGCGAACAGGCAACACGUUUUUAGGCUCAUUACUGUGGGUCGAUUAUGCUCGUUUUAUAGGUAUACAAUAGGCUCAAGAGCAAGAAUCGGAGGCAGAAAAUACAUGCCUCCAUUAUGAUCUGAACUACAGUUGUUUGGUGGCUGAGUAUACAAGGACUUUGCUUAGAUUGGCGUAGUUAAUUUUCAAGAGAAUGAAAUAUGUAUGGUUCUUGCAAGAAUAGCUCAUGUCUUUUUUAUCAAAAUAUUCCAGUAUAAUUGCAAGAUUUAUUUUGUUUUCUCA